UUUAACUGGUUUGGGUGGAGGCUGUGAAACUCAGAGGGAAGCCAAAAGGAGUCAAACUGUAGGUAAACAUAACACAGAGAGGAGGAAAAAACAAAAACGACACAGUGAAACGUUUACGGCACAAACAGUGCAAUGCAACUGCAUUUGGAGCAUUGUCGUCUGUGUUACUAGUGGUCGUCGGGGCUGGAGGGCUGGAUGCGGUCGUCAUGGUGAAGGAUGUUCCGGAAAGUCAAAAAGCGCCACAGCAGCAGCAGCUCCCAAAGCAGUGAGAUCAGCACCAAAAGCAAAUCUGUGGACUCCAGUUUGGGAGGCCUCUCCAGAUCCAGCACCGUCGCCAGCCUUGACACAGAUUCCACAAAGAGUUCAGGUAACAGUGCAUCAGACACGUGCGCUGAGUUCAGGGUCAAGUAUGUGGGAGCCAUCGAGAAGUUACAGUUUGACAUGAGCAAAACCCUCCAGGAGCCUUUGGACCUCAUCAAUUAUAUCGAUGCUGCUCAGCAAGAUGGAAAGCUGCCCUUCGUUCCCGGAGACGAGGAGAUGAUCCUGGGAGUGUCCAAGUACGGAGUCAAAGUGGCCUCACUCGACCAGUGUGAUGUGCUGCAUCGCCACCCGCUCUACCUGAUUGUACGUAUGCUGUGUUACGACGAUGGCCUCGGUGCAGGGAAGAACCUGCUGGCUCUUAAAACCACCGAUGCAAACCAGGAGGAGUGCAGCAUCUGGGUCUAUCAGUGCAGCAGCUCAGAUCAGGCCCAGUCCAUCUGUAAGGUGCUGUCGACCUCCUUCGACUGCGCUCUGAUGUCAGACAAAUCCUGAGGAACGAGGGCAAAUGGACGGAGCCGACAUCUGUCCACAGUGAUGAAACACCUGCAGAACCAGCAACAGCAACAUGGCAGUCGCACUGCAACAGACCAAAAAGAAUUUCUUUCCCUUGUUUUGCAACUUUUCACCCUUUAAAUUCAGCUUAUCCACAGAAAAGUCAUGAAAUUGACUUGAUUUUUAGGGAUACAAACUCCUUGUCUUUAGGUCUUGAAUAGAACAGUAAAGACAAACAUCUAGGCAAAGUAAAAUAAUUAAAAUCAUUGUGUGAGCAGUAAAGCUCAUUCUAGAUUGUUUUUCCCUCUUGUGAUGCAAAAAUUGACUAUAAAUCCACAUUUUAAAGCUGAUAUUAAAAUAAAAAACUUCACAAAACUAAAGAAUAAAACUCUUAAGAUUUAGGGAAAAAAAUGAAAGAUGGAUGAAACGACAGGAUUUUCCUUAGGUUUGAUGACAAUUUAGGUGUUUUGGUGACUUUUUAUUGUAAUUACUUGACUAAAAAUAAUGCAUUUUGAGUACUUUUGAAUCUAUAUUAUUACAAUCAAACAAAAAAAUAAUGCAGUUUUUCAAUUAGACAAUGAAAAUUUGACUUUUCAUACAGUAAUAAUGUACUUAAAAGUUGUGGACGGCCUUGAGAAGGAAUUUUACAGCAUUUUGUCUGUAAAAUAUAUAUAUAUAUAUAUAUAAACCCUUUACAUGCGUUUCGAACAAUCCCCUCAGAAACUGUGAAUUGAUCUUAAUCUUUUCUUAGAAUCAUAUCCCUCACUCAUGAAGUAAGAAUUAAGAGAAGGGAAAGUUUGAGGAAAAAGGACAGAAAUGGGUGCCUUUUUUAUUACAGUACAGGGAAUUAAUGUAACUUUAUAUUAUUUAAUGUAAAUUAUGGUACAAAAAAAAAACAGCUGAGUUGAAAGAAAAAAAUGGGAGAUAAUCAUCUGUAGAGGUUUAAGGAAGUUUGACUCUCUUCAUGUUGAAAAUCUCUAAUGUCCAUUUGUAGUUUUUGUGUGUUUUUUAUGCAGUAUUGGUACUUUUUGCCUCAAAGAUACGUUACAUAGACGCUUUAACUGUGCUUCAUAUUCUGCCGGAGGAAUCUGUGUUUGUUGUUACUCGUUGGACCUUUUUGUAAUGAUGAUUUUGUCUUUGUUUUUAAUAUUUCUUUUACAUGUUACGAGUUUCUUGGUACCAAAAGCUUGAUGUGUUUUCUGGUUUAUUUUAGUCUGGUAUAAAGCCUAAUAAUCUACGAGUGGCUUUACAGUUGUGGUACUAGCAUUACUAUAGACUGUGCUAGAUAACAAUAAUAAUAGCAUGUUCUUGGAGUUGAAUUUGCUUUAGUUCAGACUGAACUGAACAAUCUGGUACAAUCUCGAAUGGAACAGUUUAUAAUUAUAUUUCUUAAUAAAGUGUCAUUUGCAUUUUG